AUUAACAGUGCCGAGAUGGUGCAAGAGCUGCAUCAAGUGCUUCUAGAGCGCGAGGCGACAUGUCACAAGACAUGUUUCAGUCUUCAGUUGAACGGUGUCACGCUUGAUAAUUUCACAGAAAUCCGAGCCGUGCCAGAGCCUUACACAAUGAGGGAAGCUCGCAUUCACCUGCGUCAUGUGCGUGAUCUGUUGAAGAAUGGUGAUCAAGCUGAUGCUGCAUCUGCGGUAGAUCUGACAUCGUUAUCAUUUCUGCCUUCGGUAAAUCUCCAAGAAAGAGGAGACAAGGAGAAGCCGUUUGAUGGACUUCCGCCAGACUACGUACUUCCGGGAACUAAAGAGCGGUCUCUCGCCCCAAUGUUGACAAAUUUGAGCAAAGGAAAAAUAGCAGUCAAGAAUCUUGGAAUAUCUGCAUUUAAUCCACCUCCUGGGUACAGAAAAGUCAAAGGCGAUGUGUUAUAUCUUUUUGUAGACACAGUAGAGAAGCGUCGUUUGCAUAUCACAUGCUGCACGAAGGGAUUCUUUGUAAACUCAUCCUCCGAUGACGUAUUCAAUCCAGCACCUAGUAAUCAGAAUAAAGGAAUUAGCCAUAGUUUAGUGGAUCUACUCAAUGUUGUCAGCCCUGGAUUCAAAAAAGCAUAUCCAGUUAUAAUCAAGAAACGUAAUGAGCGUCACAUGCUCGACAGACUUCCUACACCAUAUCCAGUUUAUUCUUGGUUAUCACCUGCACAAGAGGUUGUAGAAGAUUCUAUACGUGCUGAUGACGCUUCUCAACCGCAUCGCGUCGGAUUUGAGGGUGAGUUUUGGCUGAAUAUCGGCUUUCUAGAGCAACUUGGCUUCAAAGGCAGCGGAUCGGCAAUGUGGAUCCUAGUCAGAUUACGGCAACAUUAGAU